GCCUUGGUUAUUGAUCAAACAAGAUUGAAGGUGCUGAAAAGUUAGUGUCUAACUGACGUUGCUUGAAGCUGAACAUAUUUACAAUUUUCUACAAAAGAGUCAUGGCUGAGACUGAAAAAGCGGUUCUAGAUCCGAACCAUCCGUUAUUGAAACGGUUUCAAGAUGCUCUCAAGGAGCACUAUGUAUACCAAAUCAACAGGCUGAAGAACGAUAUUUUCGAAUAUGAAGCCGAAACUAAGAAAACGGAUGCUGAACGCGAAGAACUGGGAAUGCAAGCCUACGAAGUUCAGCAAAUGGUCUGCCGACAACAAAAGGUGUUGGAAGAGCUGGUUAAUGAUGUUCACACAAUUGCGGGGGCUAAACAAGAAGUCGAGAACAAGCUACAAGAAGAAAGAUUCAAGUAUAAAGAAGCUCAAGAGCAAAUGAUAGCGGCCGAAAAAACGAACCUUGAACUUCAAAACGAAAUUAAUUCUGUUAACUUAUUGAUUAACCAGGUGUCUCAAUGGGAGUCUAAGAUCGAAUCCAACAUUGCGGUCAAUCAACGAAUUGCCGAAAAAACACGCAAAGACAACAUGAAACUUUCGGAGGAAAAACGCAAACAAGAUGGGCAAAUUUACAAAAUUAUGCGAGCUAUUUGGCACUUGGAAGUGGAAGUGGAAACCAUGAAUAUGCAAAUUAAGUUGAAAGAGACCGAAAGAGAAGAACUAGAGCAGACUGUUGCUUUGGGGAACACAAAUCUCGAGGCUUUACAAGCAGAAUAUCGUUGCUUGAUGCAUUCGUGGAAUUCUGUCGUUGUGGCAAUCGGAAACAGAGAUAGAAUUGUAGAGUGUCUUAGAACAGAGGAAGUAAAAGUGCACGAGAAAAUCAAAAGCACUCUCUCAGAAAUAGAUCAGUUGAAAAAACUGACUAAAAAGGAAAUGAAUGAAAAUCAACGACUAACUGUGAACAAAACUAGAAUUGAAAUGGACAUCUCCAACUGCAAGCAACAGCUGGACGAAGAAAUGGCAAAUUACAAUGAGCAUGCCAGAAACAUUGUGGAAAUGCAAACGAUUAUAGAUCAAACUGAGAAGGACGUAGAACGGGCGAAUGGCGAAAUCCGGCACAAGGAGGUGGAAAUGAAGCAGCUUCUGAAGGACUUCGACAAAAUAUCCACCAGAAAAUACCAGCUGGAAAAGCAGCUGCUUCAAAAUUUGGAAAAUCAAGCUGCUAAUGACACGGUCGCCGAGAACUUAUACCGGACCUUGAAUUUGACCAAGGAGAAGCGCAAAGACUUGGAAAUUAUAAUGAACGAAGCUGAAAACAAGCAGAGUAAAUUUGCGUCUGAAAUCGAGUCUCAAAAGUACAACAACGAGGAGAAUGAAAGGAAUCUGGCUGAGGUCGAGAAGCAAAGGAACAAAUUGGAAGGCGAAGCUGAUGGCAUUCAAGCCGAAAAGGAUAAAUAUCAAAUGCUAUUCGGGAAAAAAGAGCGCCAUGUCACCGUCCUAAACAACAAGCUAGAAAAAAUCCUGGAGAAGAUGCAAGUGAAGGUAUUAAUCUCCCCGCAAGAGCUACGCAUUGUAACAUUGGAAAAGCAAAUCGAAGAGACUCAGGAUAAAAUCAAGCACCUUCAGAUCUUUUGGCUGCGAGAGCAAAAGAAUCUGCUCAAUGUGUCUAAAGAGCGACAGGACCAACUCCACAAGCUCAAUCUGCUUAACAAACAGAAUCUGAUUCUGAAGCAGAAGAACUUGAAAGUCAGCAACGAAUUGGAAAACUAUAAAAAGCAGGAGGAAAAAAUAGCCCAAACUAUCAAUAAUUUGCAGAACAAAGCUACUGUUUUAUGCGACAAUUUGUAUAAGAAACGCGACAGAAAAUCCACUUUGGAUAAGUCGAACUAUUACCUGCAAUCUCAGUAUGAUGGGAAGCUGAAGGACGCAGAAUUAAACUGCUUGGAACUGGAGGCCGAAAUAGCAGAAAUCGAAGAUGAAAAGGCGGCAUACAGUCAAGAGCUAAUAGAGCUGAACAGGGAAGCGUUGGAAUGGGAGAAGAAAAUUAAACUAGCUCACCAAACAAAACUGGAAAUGCGCGGUGCUCAAGGACAAAGCGGGGACAUGGACAAUAUGAGGCAAGAGAUUCAAAGAAUGAACGUAAUUUACAGUCAACUGAAAAAGGCCCAAGAAAAACUAGUAAAAGACAUGGAACACUGCGUGACCAGACGCGGGGCCAUUUUCACAGUAGCUGAAGCCAGACAGUCCAAGUCCAAAGCCAGUGAGGAAAAAACGCGAAUCAACUACACCCGAAAAAUGGAUGAUAUUCGAAACAAGAUCAAACAGCUGGAUAACGAAAUCAAGACGAUCAAGGAAAAAAUCUUCAGUUUGAGCAGGCAGAAACAACUGAUUGAACAGGAGAUCGACAGCAACAAGAACGACAUCGCUUUUUGCGAAAGCUACGCUAAAUCGCUCCGCGAUGAGAUCGAGAAGCGCAAGACAAACAGGCAACUGAAAUUUGAAAUAUUAGUCAUGAUGCAGAGGCAGCUCAACGUGUAUAGAGACUUAACUCUAAAGCGUACACCGUUUCUGCAUACGAAGAGAGACCAAAUUCAAAGCGAAUAUUAUCACCAAAAGGAUACCAACAACAAGCUGAGCAGCGUUUUGCAGAAUCUGAUGUCGGAUUUCCCGAAUUAUCAGCACGAACUCACCAGGAUGUACAACACAUUAAAGCUGAGUGUUUACACUCAAUUCUCCAGUCAUUUAGAUCUGAGAUUUAACUGAAUUUUACCAAAUUAACAGAAAAUGCUAAUAAAUCGGAAAUAUUUCCAUA